UCCAGUUUCCAGUCCGCUUGCUGCUCAGUCGCCAAGGAAGAGCUGAUAAGUGGAACACUGCUGAGGAGCUCAUCCUCCUCGUCGUCACCUUCUUAGCUCACUGACCAUUUGUUUACCUUUGGUCACUGGUGAACUAAUAAGCAGGUUGAAUUAAAGAGCCCUUCAGAACAAGGGGUGAAAGUUGAGAUACAGCAACUGUAUUUCUUGGAUUUUUGGUUCAGUUAGUUGAAACUGCUCCAUCACAACAAACAUCGGCCUAAUACUCUUUCCUCCUUUACCUUCCUGUGCAUUUGAAAACAACGCUUGAUUUACUUGAUUAAUCACACAAAACGAAGAUACCUUUUGAACUAAAGAUAGUAACUGUUAACCUUGCAGCGAGACUUCAAUAAAAGGGAAAGACUUCAGUCAGUAAAUCCUCUCUUUUGAUCACUCGCAUUCAUAUUUCUGGGAAUUAAUAUAGAAGAGCACCGUCUGCUUUUUGCCGAGCAACAAGAAUUAAGGCGUUGGCAACAUUGACGUGGCUAAUUAGGACUGCACGGCCUACAGACUUACUUGCUGUUUAUUACUACCUGUCUAUCUGCCUAUUUGUAUGUCCAAUUAAUAUUUCUGGAACUUAUUGACAAAGUUUUGGAACAGCAACAGCUAUUGAAACACUGCAUGUUCUGAAGGCAAAGACUACUAUUCAGAAGAGCUGUAUGACUGACGCAUUUUCUACACUGUGUGAAUAAAUGGGGAGAAAGAAGGAGUCGAAACCGUUGUUAAGUAAUCUAGGGGGAGGAGGACAAAGUAGUUCAUCCCAAGGCACACAAUAUAUCGUGAGGAAGAUCCACAAAGGUCGCACGGUGAAGCCCAAGCUAUCCAGCGUAUCCGAGCUGUCGGGAGGGGAGGGGUCGCACGGCGCAGGCAAAGAAAUGUCCAAAACCAAGUGCCUGGAAAAGGACGUUGAUGAGAGUAUGCAACAAUCUGAAAAUGCCAAAUUUACUGAUGAAGGAAAGCCAAGCUCACAUUCAUUCGGAGUGCGAAGCUAUCUUCACCAGUUUUAUGAAACUGUUAAUAGCUCCAACACUUCCGGUCAGGAAGAGGAAUAUCACUACUUGAUUCAUCCCAAGGGUCGAAGAUGUGGAGCACUCUGGUUUAAAAUUGGUCUGAUUGUGGGGACGACUUUAUUCCUCCUUGGAGCAGUGGCAAUUGUAAUCGGCUACGCAAUUCCCAAGCAAAAAGUAAUACUAGGACGUUCUGGAGAUCUUGAGAUUGUGAAUACCGAAGCACAUCUAUUUAAUGAGAAUCUGGAUCGAUGCAAGCUCAUUGGUCUCGCUGGUUUUUGUUCUGGUGGUCUCGUACUUGUAAUUUCACUCCUGGCUCCCACUUUCACCUCCACAUAUUGGGAAGAUGACCCAGCCAUCGAGCCCUUUCGUGUCUCCAUAAGUCCCAACCUCGUCACAGAAAAUGAACCAAAAAGUCCCAUCCCCGUCACUGAGAAAAUUAAAUGCAUCCAACCAGUUUGGACCGAGUAAUAAUCAUGACUUGCCGGACGCAAACAAUAACUAUUUACAUGUAGCUUCUAACAUGAAACAUCAAGCCAGCCAACCAACACACAAUCUAAUCAUGUAAUUUACCCUUGUCAACGUCACCCAAACUGAGUCGUCCUAAUGUUCACCAUUCUUGUUAAGCCGCCCCUCCAUGGUUGCUGCUUAAUAUUCAAACACCGAAUUGGUGUAAAUUCACGAGUCAAGUACCCUGCAGUAAUUGGUACCACAGGGCUUCAUACAUAACGAACCAUCGGGACAGAGAUGAAGAACAUGAUCCACACGCAUGCAUCCAUAAAUAUACAUUGAUAGCCAAGAGCCGACCAUUAACUCACUGUUUAUUCUAGAAUGAAACUUACAUACCCAAAAUGAUCCAGGAAACAAAACUUGCUAUAUAAACAACAAGUACAACAUUUGCAAAUGAAGAACAAAUCAAUAUAUUCUAUUGGAAACUGUUAAGUAGUACGCAAAUAAAAGAUUUAGAAUAUAAUA